UAUACACAAACUAUUGGAAAGUACUAUAUGUAAUUACCAAUAUUUAAUCGAUGCAGAUAUUCAGUUGACACUAUGGCCGACACUCCUGUCCCUCCCGGCCUACAUCCAGGACCAUACGUGCACGACAUUAUAUCGGCGGGAACUCCACACCGGGCACAUUCUAUUUUUUACGGACAUAUUGAGGGCAAUCAGUUAGAUGUCAGGCGGUGUGACAGAGGAUUUUGGGAGCAUACGCCUAUUCCUGAUCGGGUUUGUCGUUAUAUUGCCUUGGUUGGAUUUAAGGGGGUGCUUGAGAGUGGAUAUCAGAUGGUUGAUCAUUCUUUGAUCACAAGUUUGGUCGAGAGAUGGCGGCCCGAGACGCAUACAUUUCAUUUACCGGUUGGAGAAGCCACCGUGACAUUGCAGGAUGUAGAGGUGUUGUGGGGGUUGCACAUCGAUGGUCCACCGGUUACAGGGAUAGACACAUACCGCAGCAUUCAGGAGUGGGGAGCCAUUUGUGAGGAGCUCAUUGGAUUUUCUCCUGCAGUUGGAUACUUUGAUGGACAGAGACUAAAAUUGGGAUGUUUAGCAAGAGCUUUAGACACAGAAUUGCCACCCGAUGCUUCAGAUGUCGAAUGUAGGCAGCGUGCGCGCAUCUACCUCUUACUGAUAUUAUGUGGACAUUUAUUGCCCGAUAAGUCCGGCAACAAAGUCCCUUUGUUGUAUCUUCCAUUACUGCGGGACUUGGAAAUUGUUGGGCAAUAUAGUUGGGGUAGUGCGUGUUUGGCGACUCUUUAUCGGUCACUUUGUGAUGCUACGAAUCCUGCCAAAUCGGCUAUUGCCGGUCCAUUAGUUUUGUUACAGCUCUGGAUUUGGGAACAUAUACCAACCAUGCGUCCGGACCGAAUCGCGCCGUUGGAGCAUUAUCCUGGUCCAUAUGGAGCUAGGUGGAAUAAUGACUUGGACGUACACAGAGUUGUUAGGCAUGUUGUGCCUGCUUUCCGAGAUCAGUUGACAGGCCUGCGUCCUGAAGAGUUCGUAUGGCAGCCCUAUCAGAGGACGUUCUCGCUUCUCUUCCUGCGUAUUGUACUGCAGGUGCGGACAUUUGGAGGUCCGUAACGUAUCUUAUUUGCUGGGAUGUGGUUGAGCCGCACCUCCCUCAUCGGGUUAUGCGGCAAUUUGGGUUUCAUCAGUCACUGCCUGAUAUGAGGCUGACAGAUAAUCAGGCAGCUCUACAUUCUCUGGAUCGUCGUGGUAGGGCGAAUCAAGACUGGAGCACCACGCAUGGACACUACAUUGAUAUUUGGACUGAUCGACGUGUGCAUGUACAAGAUGGCACUAUAAUUGAAGAUACUACAUAUCCAUCGGAUGAGUAUGUUCAGUGGUAUCGGGAGCGGACGGUGAUUUAUAUUUCAAAUCCAAGUCGAUUUCCCGCUUUUCCAGUGGGUUUUCAGGGGGAUAGCGCUAGGGCACAAUAUCUUAGCGAUGCCAUGUCUCGCAUGUAUUUCAUGGCACAGGACUCUCUUGCAGUUAGUGAUGAACAACAC